AUGAAAGAUGAAGAAGACAAAGCUAAGAUACAGUUACUGAAGUAUUUGAUUGGCGCGGAUGGCAGAGAGAUUUACAGCACGAUAAAGUUUGAUAAAGAAGAGAAGGACAGAAAAUUGAAAGACGUCCUCGACGCUUUUGACGCUUACUGUAGACCCAAAAGAAACGAAACGGUAGAGAGAUUCAGGUUCAAUAUGAGGAAACAGGAACCAGGUGAGACUAUAGAAACAUUUAUCACUGAUCUAAAAACAUUAGCUGCAAAGUGUAACUAUGGAGAAAUAGUUGACUCAUUAGUCAGAGACAGAAUAGUUUGUGGGAUACUUGACUCACACCUGAGAGAACGUUUGUUGAGAACACCAGAACUUACCCUGGAUAAGUGUGUCGACAUAACACGUGCAGCUGAAAUCACGAAACAAGGAAUUAGUGUAUUGGAUGGCAACAAUUCAUCAAGCAGCCAUACAGAAAUUGUCAACAAAAUCAGCAAAGGCAAACCUAGUGUAAAGACAAGCGGAAAUAAACAGUCAUAUACUGAUAACAAACCUUGUAAAUAUUGUGCCAAAAUACAUGAGCCCAAGAAAGAAAAAUGUCCUGCAUAUGGAAAAAAGUGUCGACUGUGUCAUAAAAUGAAUCACUUUGAAACAGUAUGCAGAAGUGCUUCCAAGAAAUCACAACCAAAAUAUAAAAAGAAAACUGUACAUCACAUUGGGACAGGUUGUUCAAACACUGACAGUGAUGAUGACUAUUCUGUUUGGACCAUACAAGAAGAAAACACACAUUCUGCACACACCGUUUCCAACAGUGUACAUGCGUCUAUGGUCAUUCAUGGAAAGAAAGUGACAUUUCAACUGGACAGUGGGGCCACAUGUAACAUUUCCCCUAGUAGUGUGAUUCCAAACAUGCCACCACUUCAGCCUACAGAUUAUACCUUGAAGAUGUACAACAAAUCUACCAUAAGGCCUCUAGGAAAAACACAUUUACAAGUUACCAAUCCAAGGAACGGUACCUCAUAUGACACUGAAUUUGUUGUAAUUAAAGAGGACUGCAUGCCACUCUUAGGAAAUAAAUCUCUACAGCACAUGGAGCUCUUGAACUGGAGAAAGGAGAACAUUCUUAGUGUGAGACAGCUCUUGCCAUCACCUCUCAGUAAGAAGCAGCUACUCGCAGAGUAUCCAGAUGUCUUUGAAGGUGUAGGUCGUCUCGCAGGGAAAUAUCACUUAGUUCUAGAUGAAAACAUACAGCCUGUAGUUCAUCCACCGAGAAAAGUACCUAUCGCACUGAAGCCAUUAUUAAAAGCUGAGCUUGACAGACUACAAGAAAUGAACAUUAUCACACCAGUUAGUGAACCAAUCCAAUGGGUCUCCAGCUGUUUGAUGGUCAUGAAACCGAACAAAGUCAGAAUCUGCAUAGAUCCAAAGGACUUGAACAAAGCACUUAAGAGGAGCCAUUAUCCACUUCCUACGAUAGAGGAAAUACUUCCAAACCUUUCUCGUGCAAAAGUAUUCAGUGUUUUGGAUGCACGGAAUGGAUUUUGGCAUGUUGAACUAGAUAAGGAAAGCUCUAUGCUCACUACAUUCAACACCCCAUUUGGACGGUUCAGAUGGAUAAGAAUGCCUUUUGGUAUUUCGACGGCACCGGAAGAGUAUCAACGUCGUCAAGAUCAGGCAGUAGAAGGGCUACCAGGUGUCUUGAGUAUUGCUGACGACAUACUGGUUUAUGGUGAAGGUGACACAGGGGAGGAUGCCAUUUUAGACCAUGACCAGAAACUGAAAGCACUCAUGAAGAGAUGUCGUGAACGAGGACUUGUGCUCAACAAGGUUAAACUAAGACUUCGAGAGACUGAAGUAAGAUUUGUAGGACAUCUCAUAACAAAGGACGGUUUGAAACCAGACCCUGAGAAAGUCAAAGCUGUGAACGAAAUGCCAAAUCCUACAGAUGUCGCAGGAUUGAGACGCUUCCUGGGAUUCGUUAACUAUCUGAGCAAAUUUUUACCGAGUUUGAGUGACAUUUGCGAACCACUAAGAAAGCUUACAGUGAAAGACACAUUGUGGAGCUGGCAUGAGAUUCAUGACCAAGCAGUAGAGAAAGUCAAAAGACUAGUAACAUCAGAACCAGUUCUUAGUUAUUAUGACCCAAACAAGGAACUUACCUUACAAUGUGAUUCUUCCGAGACAGGAUUGGGUGCAGCACUGCUACAACUAGGGAAACCAAUAGCAUUCGCCAGCAGAGCCCUAACAGACACAGAGACAAGAUAUGCCCAAAGAGAAAAAGAACUUCUUGCUGUUGUGUUUGGACUAGAAAAGUUUCAUCAGUAUACGUACGGACGAAACGUAACAGUACAAAGUGACCAUAAACCUUUAGAGAUUAUAAUGAAGAAGCCACUUCAUACAGCACCGAAACGUUUAAAGAGGAUGCUGCUUCGACUGCAUAAAUACUCAACAAAGCUAGAGUACCGCCCUGGCAAGGAAAUGCACUUGGCUGAUGCGCUUAGUCGAGCAUACUUGCAGAACAGUGACCGAACAGGUGCACUCCUAGAUGAAAUAGUUCAUUUCACACAUCUACAGCCGACGCUAGGAGAUAGUCUUCAAGAAAUAAGGGACGAAACUCGACGAGACAGAACAUUACAGGAUCUCAUUCAUGUAAUACUUACUGGAUGGCCCAAGACGGUAUCUGAAGUCAAGGACACAGUGCGGCCAUAUUUCAAUUUUCGGGAUGAGCUGGUCGUUCAGGAUGCAGUUAUCUUCCGUGGAGACAGAAUUGUGAUACCCAUCAGCAUGAGACAGGACAUGCUAUGCAAGAUUCACAAGUCUCACAUAGUAGUGGAAGGAAGUCUACGUCGAGCACGUGAGAACAUAUUCUGGCCAGGCAUGAAUGCGGAGACUAGAGAUUUUAUCAGCCGAUGUGAAAUAUGCAGAUCGUUAGAUGAUAAACAGUGUAAAGAGACACUGAGGCCACAUGAAGUUCCAGAUAAACCUUGGGGGAAGAUUGCUUGUGACAUUUUUAAAUUUGAUGGCCAAGAUUAUCUGGUAACUGUAGACUACUUUUCGAAUUUCUGGGAAGUUGACCACCUCUCCCGUUCGACAUCGAAAACAGUUAUCAAGAAACUCAGAGCACAUUUUGCGAGAUACGGGACUCCUAACUCUCUUGUCAGUGACAAUGGACCGCAGUUUAGCUCAGAUGAGUUUGCUGAAUUCACUCACCUUUGGGAAUUUAAACACAUAACGAGUUCUCCAAAAUACCCCCAGAGCAAUGGGAGAGCAGAGCAGGCCGUGAAAAUGGCAAAGAGGUUGAUGAAGCGUGCAGUGAAGUCUAAUUCUGACCCUUAUCUAGCCUUACUUGACUUUCGGAAUACACCUACACAAGGCAUGGGAACAAGCCCAGCACAACGUCUCAUGAGUAGGAGAACUAAAACCUUAUUGCCUACUAAACAGUCAUUACUAGUGCCGGAAGUUCCAGAUCUGAAGGAGCAGGGACGGAAGCUUGUGAGACUGAAAGAACGACAAGCACAUUACUACAAUCAGGGGGCAAAGGACCUGAAACCAUUGAAGAUUCAAGAUCAUGUGCGCAUUGCACCACCUGAUGGAAUCGGACAGUCAAGAGAAUGGAAGAAAGGAGUGGUGACCAAAGUUCUACCGAAUCGCUCUUAUGAGGUCCAGUCUGAUGGUCAACAUUACCGCAGGAACAGACGUCAUCUAAGACCUAGCAAGCAUCAGGAACAGUCCGAAAGUGAUGAUAUUGUCCCUGAGGAAUACAGUGAGACUGGUGUCAAACAAGAGAAACCAAUUCAACCACCUGAUUCGAAACAGAUGACCGAGUCAGCAAAAGAGCAGGUUACUUUUAAGGCACCACAGGCAAUCACCAGAUCAGGACGCCAAGUGAAAGUGCCAAUUCGAUUCAAGGACUAUGUCAAGUAA